UGGAUGGGGAGGGGCAGGUCUCCAGUCAUUCUGACACGGAAAGGCGGUGAAGAAACUUGAGGACAUGUUGUGUUUCCCGCAUCACAUUCCCGCACCGAGAAGCGAUGCUUGACUCCUCUGAGCGCCGUCAUGGCACCACGGGGCCCCGGGGCCACUUCAGCUUCUGCGCUCUCACCCGCCCGAGAGCGCAUCGUCUGGAUUCCAAGUGAGCGGGCACGGCGGUGAUGGACUUCACUCGGACCAAACGUUUUUGACACACUAUGAGGCCAGAAGGUCCGGCAUUCGAGGGUCCCCGGGCGCCGCACUGAGAGCCAUGGAUCACUUCCCCCGGAGAAAGCGGGUCGGUCUGCUGAAACCCUUACUGAGUCUGUCCCUCGUCUUUGCGUCUUUCCUCAUGAUCCACAAGCUGAAACUGGCAGAAAAGGACGGCGUGGGGGCCAAGCACGCGAGGGACGCCGGUUGGUGCGGCUCCAGAUGUUUUCCCAUCAAGAAGGGCGCCGUGAAAACUAGUUCCGACGCCCCACCGGUUGGUUUCGCAGCGGACGCGCAGCGCGUCUCCAACGGGACUCCGGCCCUCUGGGACGCGCAGGUUCUCAACUGCAGCGAGGACGCGUCCGUGAGGACCAAGGACUGGUUCCGCCGCUUGGACCCGAGGUUUCACCAGUUCGUCCUGCACAGACACUGCAGGUACUUCCCCAUGCUCAUCAACCACCCGGAGAAGUGCGCCGACGGAGAGGUGCACCUUCUCAUGGUGGUCAAGUCCGUCAUCGAGCAGCACGACCGGCGGGAGGCGGUGCGUAAAACCUGGGGCCACGAGCACACGGUGGACGGCAAGGUGAUCAAAACGCUGUUUCUGUUGGGGAGCCCGACGACCGGCAAGGACACCAAGAACCUCCAGAAGCUGAUCGAGUACGAGGACAUGAUCUACGGGGACAUCCUCCAGUGGGACUUCAUGGACACCUUCUUCAACCUGACGCUGAAAGAGGUCAACUUCCUCAAGUGGUUCGACAUCUUCUGCCCCGGCGUGCGCUUCAUAUUCAAAGGGGACGACGACGUGUUCGUGAACACGCACAACCUGCUGCAGCUCAUCGGCUUCAAGACGGAGGAGCGCAAGGACGCCGAGUUGUUCGUGGGGGACACCAUCUCCAAGGCGAUCCCCAUCCGGAACCGGCAGAGCAAGUACUACAUCCCCAAAGAGCUGUACGAUAAGCCGUACCCCCCGUACGCCGGGGGCGGGGGCUUCCUCAUGUCCUCCCAGCUGGCCAGGAGGCUCUUCGUGGCCUCGGAGGACCUGGAGCUGUACCCCAUCGACGACGUGUUUUUGGGGAUGUGCCUGCAGAAGCUGCGCCUGGCGCCCGAGAUCCACCCGGGCUUCAGGACCUUCGGCAUCACCCGACGCAAAGUGAGCCCCAUGAACAGCGAGCCGUGCUUUUACCGAAGCCUCGUCGUGGUGCACAAGCUGAGCGCGCAGGAGCUGCUGCGGAUGUGGAGCGUGGUGCACAGCGACGAGCUGGUGUGCGCGCAGAGGACGUCCAUGUGACCCGGGAUCAAUCCUGAUGAUGAUGAUGAUCAGUUUUGGAGCUGUGCGCAUUCUGUUGCAUGUCUGUACUAAUUCUACUGAGUUAUGGAACCAACGGGGAGCCACAACUGAGGGGGGUAAUGAAUAGAUAAAGAUGUACAGGACCAGUCACACGUGAGAAAGGGUCUAGUGCUCUAUGGGUUUGUUUCACUGUGGUUUUCUCUUUCUGUGUGUCCCAAUUCAAAAGGCUUUGGAGCUUUUCAUCCCACUACUUGGAUUUCUUUUUCCAUUACGUGAAACCACUACUCCGCAGUGUGCACGUGCACACCACAGGAAGGUGACCCCUUCUGACCCCCGGUGCCAUUUCAGCUUGUACUUUUAUCAUCCCUCAUGGGCUGUAAAGGUUUUUGUGUGUGUUUGUGCGGGCAUAAAUGAGACUGGACUUGUUUCUUUACAACAACUGAUCUUUAUAUCUGAUUUCAACAUUCAUAGUGGUGAUCCUCUUUUCUUCCUUUUGUUAAUGUAGGGGGCUGAAAUUGUACAAAAUUGAAUAAUUGGAUUGUUUUAAGUUAAUAUAUUGUAAAUGUCAAUUCACGUGUGUAGAAUCGGCAGUGAGGCCAAAAACCAAAGACGCUGAAAGGGCUGUAAUUGUGCAGAUUGAUUGGCUGAUCAUUUAAAUAAAACCGGAGUUCUGUCAA